CGUGAUUUGCAUUGACAUUCGGAGCUCUCUCACACCUUCAGUUCUAUUCGACACUGCAGCAUCUCUCUUUCACAUCCAGUCAACCGGUGUAUAUCCUUGUUGGCUCAUUGCCUGCAUCCCUCCCCCAUCUUGUGACUGUCGACUCGUCAUCUACCCAGCUCCUUCCACCACCGCAACAAUGGGCAUCACAGAUUUCUUCUCCGACCUGAUGAGCUCCCUGGUGCAGGAGGUUCACGCCGAAGCUCCUGCCGACGAGGAAGAACCCACCGAAGAAGGCGAAGAGGAAUCAAAGGACGAAGAAGGCGGUGAUGAUGCCGAAGGAGAAGAGGAGGAGGAGGAAGAAGAAGAAGAAGAGGAGGAAGAGGAACCCGUGGACCCCAAGCCACUACUAGAAGAGGAGUGCGCACGAUCAAGCGCAUGCGCCGGCUACAAGCACCAUUUCGACGAGUGUGUUGAGCGUGUCACUUCUGCCAGUGAAGAAGGCAGCGGUGCAAAGGAAGACUGUGUCGAAGAAUUCUUCCAUCUCCAGCACUGCGCCUCGCAAUGCGCGGCCGGAAAGCUGUUCAAGCAGCUCAAGUAAACGAGUCGACGCCCGCUAGCUCCAUCGAUUUCAAUGACACUUCAAGCUCUUGGUCUGGAAAUGGAACUUUACCUCCAUGUUGAAAAGGACAUCCGAGUCCAAUACCAUCAAGAUUCUCCAGACACAAAUCCAAUCAACUCACAAGAUGUCGAACAACAUCAGCAAGGUCGGCUUCUAGCUUCAGGUCAGACAAGCCACCAGAAGCUAAUCUGUGUCCACAUCCUCCCGCUUGUACAGCUACACAUCUUUGAUAAUGCGAAAGAAGAUAAAAUAAAAGAUCUGUCCAUCACAACCUACCCCUAUGAGGUGAUUUUGACUUGUUUCGACCUUUGUCAGCAAGUCAUCUAUGAGAGCCGUUGCGAGAUUGCACAUGGAUUUUGUGUAUCUCAUCGUUGCUUCAUCCCAAGCCCAUGAUCGUGACUGGCCAAUGUGUCCUUUGAAACCUACUGGAAGAGCCUGAUGGGCAGUCAAGUUGAAAGGUGAGAUAGGAUCCGACCAUGUAUGACCUAGGUACUUAGGAACAUUACACGGUCUCGCGAGCAAACAGAAGCGUCAUUGGAAUCUUGCAUAUUCUACCCAGCCUCGUCAGGGGAUGAUUAACG